AUGUCUCCUCCUCGCGCCCUUCUCUGCGCCGUCCUCCUCCUCGCCACCGCCGGCAGUGCAGGCGGCACGGAGGUCCUCUCAAAGUCCCGCCUGGAGCGCUGCAAGCGCGACUCCGACGCGGGGGGCAGCCUCUCCUGCGCCCAGAAGCUGGUCCUCGACCUCGCCGUCCCCGCCGGCUCCAGCGGCGGCGAGGCGUCGCUGGUGACCAAGGUCGUGGACGUGGUGAACGGGACGGAGGCGACGCGGCGCAUACGGGAUCCCCCCGUCAUCACCGUCAGCAAGAGCGCCGUGUCCGCGGUCUACGCCCUCACCUACCUUAUGGAUGUUGUUUACAAACCUGAGGAACACUUUGUCGAGACACGCAAAUGCGAACCGUAUGCUGGUUCUAAUGUUGUUGGAGAAUGUGAAAGGUUAUGGCAUGAGAAUGGCACUGUAAUUGAGCACACAGAGCCUGUUUGCUGUCCCUGUGGGCCUAAUCAACGUGCACCAACAUCAUGUGGAAACUUUUUUGAUAAACUAGUCAAAGGAAAACGUAAUACAGCUCACUGUCUACGAUUUCCUGGUGACAGGUCCCAUGUUUGGGGAAUUGGACCAUGGUCACUUGGGUUCAGCAUCAGAGUACAAGUGAAGAAAGGAUCUUCUGUAACAGAGGUUGUUGUUGGACCGGAGAAUAGAACUGUCAUUUCUAGUGACAACUUUCUCAAAGUUAAUCUUGUUGGUGACUAUGCUGGUUAUACAAGUAUCCCAACAUUUGAGGACGUAUACCUUGUGACUCCACGGAAGGGCGCUGGAAGUGGUCAACCGCAAGACCUUGGUGAUGAACAUAUCAAGUGGAUGCUAUUGGAGAGAGUUCGUUUUGGUCCUGAAUGCAACCAGAUAGGUGUUGGUUAUAAGGCUUUCCAAAACCAACCUAGUUUCUGUUCAUCACCAGUUUCGAGCUGCUUGAACGAACAGCUUUGGAACUUUUGGGAGAGUGACAAAAGCCGGAUAGACAGUAAUCAAGUGCCCCUAUAUAUUGUGGAGGGAAGGUUUCAAAGGAUCAAUCAACAUCCAAAUGCAGGUGCUCAUAGUUUUUCCGUGGGAGUCACAGAAGCUUUGUCUUCCAAUUUACUGCUAGAGCUGAGUGCUGAUGAUAUAGAAUACUCCUAUCAGAGGAGUCCAGGGAAGAUCAUGGGCAUCGACGUGGCAACAUUUGAAGCAUUGAGUCAAGUUGGUACCGCAAAGGUUACAACAAUGAAUAUUGGCAAACUGGAGGCUUCAUAUAGAUUGACAUUCAACUGCUUAAGUGGCAUCAGUAAGUUGGAGGAGCAGUACUAUGUCAUGAAACCUGGUGAAGUGUUUAUCAAAUCAUUUGACUUGCAUUCAUCAUCAAAUGAAGCAGAAAAAUAUCAAUGUGCAGCAAUUCUGAAGGCAUCGGAUUUUACUGAAGUUGACAGAGUAGAAUGCCAAUUCUCUACUACAGCUACAGUUUUUAAUAAUGGAACACAGAUUGGUUCAACGAAUGACCACAAGGAGGAGGGUGGCAUCUGGGGUCUCUUGGAAGCAAUUAGAACUUUUUGCUUCAACUUCUGGGAUUUCGUGACAAAUUUCUUGACUGGCAAAUCGUGCAGCUGGACCAAAUGUUCGAGCCUUUUCGACAUCGGCUGCCAUUUCCAGUAUAUCUGCAUCGGCUGGGUCAUCAUCAUCUGCCUGGUAGUUGCAAUGCUACCCAUAGGCGCAGUGGUCCUGUGGCUUCUUCAUCAGAAAGGCUUCUUCGACCCGGUGUACGACUGGUGGGAGGACCUGCUGGGGCUGGAGCCACACGGUCGCGCGCACCUGAGGCACAGGAAAGGCCACCGCCGCCGCCACCACCACCACCACCGGCACUCGCACCACCACGGCGACUACCACCAGCACCGGCAUCACCACGUGCACCUCCAGAGGCACCAUCACGUGCUGCUGCACAGGCACGGCGUGGAGCAGCCCGAGGCGGCAGCAGAAGAAGGCCACAGGCGGCACAGGCACGACCCGACGCUCGGUGUCCAGCACAGGGGUGGAGCUGGGCACAAGCACGGGCACGGCAAGGCGGUGGCCGCGGCGGACGCCGUGGAGUUCAGGGAGUGGAGGCGGGAUGAGGUGAGGCACGCGGAGCAUGGGAUGCACGGACAUGACCGCCGCCAGUACUCCCGGUUCUGACGGCCGUGUUUGACUGACGUAUGUAAUUUAGGAUUAUUGCCUGACGAUCUCGUUUGUAGGCUGUAACAACCCAAAAAUUGAACUGUCAUUAAUUAUGUAUAGUUCAUAAGAUAUUUGAAUUCAUUGCUUUUAUGAUUGGUUGUCUAUGAA